AUGUCUUCAAUUGGGGGCCUAUGUCUUCCCGACAUGGUUGCGGCAGCUCUCGCCUUCCUAGAUGGGCGAUCCCUCACUGUCUUCGAGGCGGCCUCCAAGGGCUCAAGGCAGACGGUGCAAGACAACCCAGACCUGUACAAAACCCUCCUGCUGAGGCAGGUCGACAACGUUCCACGCAUGGCUUCUCUUCCAAGCGAGGAAGGGAAGCGUGCCCUCAUGGCAUGGGAAGAAGGGGACUUUCUGCCGAUUCUAGCGCUCGUGCCGCGGAGAGCGCCGCCCCCGAGGUACCUGCACCGGGCGGCGGAGGCUGCUGACGGCUGGACGUACGUACACGGGGGCCACCUCCAGUCGGGGCUGUCGGGCGACGUGUGGCGCUUCCGCAUGUCGGACUCCAAGCGGCGGCGGGGCCCAGACCCCAGGGAGGACGAGACUGCUGUAAAGUUGCAGUGGGAGCAAGUCUGGGGGGGCAACGACGAAGACUGGGCGAGGGAGACGGGAUCAGGGACAGGCGGGGGGAGUCUGAGCGGCAGUGACAGUGAUGACGACGACGACGAUGAUGGUAGCUGGGGUCAUCCCUCCCACGCCGUGCCCCCUCCCGACGCGGCGGCGGCGGUGGCGCCCGCGGCGCCCGCGCCCGACAACGUGAACCACGGGCCCCUGCCCGCGGCGCAAAUGUUCGCGGCUCCCGGGCAGGAGAUAGCCCUCGGCGCGGCCCCCGCGGCGGCCGACCAAGCCGCCCCGCCCGCCUUCGGGGCUGCCCUCGGCGCCGGCGCGCAGGCCGCGUUUCACGCCGCUAUGUUCGCGGCGAAUCACGGCGUGCUUGGGGCCGGGUUCGAAGACGCAGGGGGGGGAGUCGAUGCCGCGGGCGCCGGCGCCGGCGCCGGCGCGGGGUCCAUGGCGUGUCCCCGCCCCAGGUGCGCCGCGAGCUGGACGGCGUUGCCAGGCAGCAACAAGAUAUUCCUGUUCGGGGGACAGGGCUCGGACAACAACUUCUUGGGAGACCUGUGGUGCUUCCACGCUGGGGCGCGGGGCGAGUGCCGCUGGGAACAGCUGGACCAGGUGCGGGAGCCCAGGCCAAGCGGAGACGGCGGAGGCGGCGGCGGCGGCGGUGGCGAAGAAGAGCACGGCGAUAACGACGUAGGAGGACCGGGGGCCCCGUGGAGGGUUCCGGCCGGCCGCUGGGGGCACACCAUGGUGGAGCACCGGGGCGCGCUGUAUAUGUUCGGGGGGAGUUCCCCCGGGACGGCGUUUGCGGGACUGUGGCGCCUCGACGUUUCGGUGUCGCCGUGCGUGUGGUCGCUAAUGACUCCGGGCAGGACUGCGGUGUCGUUGGAGGAGGGGGGGUUAGCGGAGGCUGCCGGGGGUGAGAGGCCGCCGGCGCGGGGGGGGCACUCGGCAACCGUGGUGCGCGAUACUCUCUACAUCUUUGGCGGUAACAUCACACAGAGCAUGUUCAGGGAUCUUUGGGCGAUUGACCUGCCGGACUGCAAAGCCUGGCGUCAGGUGGAAGAGACCGACGACUUUCCGCCGGCACGCAUCGGCCACAGCGCCGUAGCGGUGGGAAACCGAAUCCUCAUCUUUGGCGGAAGGAACUUCAAGUCAGGUGUUUUCACGUGCGGGCUGUCGUGCUUCGACGUCGAUCUCCAGGCCUUCGUGCACUUCCCGCACGCCGAAGCCUUUUCGCGAAAGUCCUCCCAGCCCAGAGGCAUGUGGUACGGCCUCCGCAUGACCGGUCACGCCGCCAUGCACUGCUCGCGGGGCCUGCUGAUCGUCGGGGGGAUGCUGCCCAUUGGCCAGUCCUUCACCAUGCGCGCGUGGACCCUCGACGUUGUGACGGGAUGCUGGGGGCGCAAGCAGCAACGGCGGCGUCGGCCCCGCGUCUUGGGGAACACCCCGGCGGGGUGCGCUCCGAGCUGAAGAGCCACGUAUCUGUGGGGCAGCCGCCGCCGCCGCCGCCGCCGCCGCGGGCGAGAGGCUCCGCUGGCGACAGGCAUCGAGGUUCGGGUGCGUCGACACUACUGCUGUAGAGGGAGUUGGCCCUCAAUUGGGCGGAGGCAGAGGCGACCGAGAGGAUGUGGUGUUGUUGCUCGGAUGGAUUAGGCUUUUUCUCUUGCCCCUCCGCGAGGACCGGACUGGCGGGACGGAAAACAGAGGAGUUAUUUCGUUGUCCUGGAAAGGGAGGGAUCGCUCUUCUCCUUUGCGGGUUAUGUAUGGGACGAAAACAUUUUUCACCAGGAGUUUGGUCGAGUCCUGCUUCCAUUUUGCUUCGAAGGCCGGUGGGUUUGCGAUGGUCCCCGGUAGUGUCGCAGUUGGUAGGGCUUGCCCACGGUAGGUUGUUAAGAAUUGAUAUUCCGCGUGGGUGCUGAAAUACGGUGUAGUAAUUUAUAAACCAAGUCUCCGUUGCAGGAGGUGAAUGUUUCUCGGCAAAUUGGGUCGUGUACGAAUGCUUUGUUCUGGGCGGUAGCUGUUCUUUGCUGUGCUUCUCACGUAUACUAAAUAGCGGGUGUCUGUGAGUAGAUGUACAGAGACAGGGUUUGUCGGUAUAGUUGGGUUUGGCGAACAACCGCCUCGGCGUAGCAUACUGUAUGUAGCUCACACCAAGAAAAAGCAGGGGGGGGUUGGAACCCGUUUUCCGGGUGGUUGGAAGUUGGAAAGAUGACGUGUAUUUGUUCGUAUUUAUCGUAGGUUGCCUUUUGGAAAACACUUGCCUGGGAGUGAACGUGACGAGAGCGAGCAGGACCGACUGCCGAAUCCUUGUCGCGUCAAAGGAAUUAUGUAAGGCAUCACCGCCGAGGAUUUAUUGUGUGUGGCCUGACCCGAAUCGGAGCUCUUCAGACAGAGAGGCAAGGCCGUCGGAUAGGUACACUAGCAGCGAUGGCCAAAAGUAGCGCAAUGAUAAUGAAUGAUAGUUUCGAAAGCUGAAGUAUUACUGUAGUUUCAGUGCUAUACCGGGGGUACCGUUUGUUUAGUGUUGUGCCACCUUUCACUUGGUCAUGAUCAGGGAACCUUACUGCUGUCAUUACCACCGAAAAACCAAAGGCUCGUCGAUUAUC